GGACGGUUCUUCCCCCCCCACCCUGUGGGGGUUUGUGGACAGGAUCAGACAACGAGUUCGCGACACUGGUCUUUCUGAGGAGGAGGAGACAUAGAUUUUGGACAGCGUGGAGUACCGUUGCAACAUGAUGCGUCAGCAAGCGCCCGCGCUCGCAUACCUGGUGGACCCGCGACGACGAGAUGUGUCUUUGUUGGCGGAUACUGGCAGCACGGUUGUGCAGAGUGCGCUGGAUCAUUUGUCUAGGUUCACUGUCGAUGGCCCGGGGUCAGAGGAGCACGGCAAGUUGUGGUUCGCUUUGUACUUGUUCCACCACGAUGAUCCCCACACGAGCCCCAGACCAAAAUGGUGGACGAACGACAAGGUGAAGGCGGACGCGGGGAGGAUGCACCCCGCGUAUUGGUGGUAUCUGCAUGGUGGCGACUUCCCGCGUUUGCGGGAAGUUGCCAUCAAGGUGCUCGCUAUGUGGUCUAUUGCAUCUCCUUGCGAGAGGAAUUGGGCCUCACACGACUUCAUUCACUCGAAGAGGCGCAAUAAACUUUUGAGUGACAGUCUGCGGAAGCUCGUGUUCAUCCAUUGGAACAUGCAGCUUCUGCGAGCUCAGUCGGGUCCCAGGAGGGGUUUCGUGGAUGUUUGUGAGGAUAUGGUGGAGGAUCCGCCGGAGCCACAGGUCGGCGCUGCCUCUGAGGAGGUGUAUGACGACAGCAUAACGAUCCCUGAGGAGGUGGAGACAGAGAUUCGUAGUCGGCGCAAGGAGGGGGGGGAUCGUGCUAGUGCACGACUAUUGCAGGGGCGGGACUACGAGGAUGAGGACGAGGAGGACGUCAUUUACGAGGCGGAUGACGUCUGGGAGGGGAAGGACAUGAUCGAGGAGAUUGCGGCAGCAGGGAAGGGGAAAGAGGUAGUGCGUGAUGACCCUCUCGUCUCUCGUGUGUGGGACAGAUGGGGGGGCCUUGACAUUGUGGAUGACCUGGACGGCUACCUGCACGGCUCCAGACACACCCUUCAUAUGAUGAAGGACAUUCACGAGUGUCGCAGACUAGAUGAGGUGAGUGCAGGGGUUCAGCAGGACCGUCGUGUGGAUACGGGCUUUCGUGCGACCACCUUCGACGGUGCGGCAGACUCUAGUGCAGCUACCACAGAGCCAUGUCCCGCCGUUGAGGAGCAGGGGAGCGCUCCUGUUUCUGAGGAGCUGGGGAACGCUCCUGUUAUCGAGGAGCGUGUGACACAUGCCACUGUUUUAGAGGAGCCGCAUCCCGUUGUCGAGGAUCAGUUGACAACUCCCGCUGCGGAGGAUUUGGAGGACGCUACCGUCAUCUCUGGGCAGCAAACUAGGUUGGACGGCAGGGCGCGAGAGACAGAGGGGGUUCCCACAUCGUUGUCGUCCCCAGCGCGGCAUGACCCAUCUGCGUGUAUGGGCACGGAUGAUACCACCCUUGCACCCUUCCAUUCAGAGGUGCCCAUUACUAUCAGGGAGGCUGUGGCAGGACAUCACACUGGGCACCCAUGUGUGAUGGAGACAGCCACACACACAGGUAUUGUGCAGCAGGAGGGAGCUGUUACGGAUGAGGGGGGCCACGAGACAGACAUAGAGCCCCCUUCCACGGUCGAGGAGGUUGCUCCCACAUCGGCAGAGGCGUACAUUAGAGAGCACGGAGCCGCACACAGCGACAACGACGAUGACGAUUGGAGGGAGUCCUGGAGCUGGGAUGACUUCCGCUGCACUUCGGCCUUUGCGGUUCCUCCACUCCCUACUCGAGUGUCGUCUGCCAUUGUUGACAACACUUCAACGAGAGGGAGGAAGAGGAAGGCCCCUGACACACGUGGGCAAGAGCAGCCACAGAGAACUGCAGUGCAGGGUAGACCACGCGGGCGCCCCCCAAGGGGUCGAUCGGGGAGGGGUAGAGGGAGACAGGGCACCGUAGGAGCAACAGAGAGGUUGUUGGGGUCGCUCGGUGCUAUAGGGGGCGGGUCACCAGCGCCCAUAUCCAUGCAUGGAGUGAGGACUCGUUCUCGUGGUGCUGCGGAAAGGAUGAGGCGCGUCGAGAUUCAGGAGGACGACGACGAUGAUGAGCAGGGCAGUGGUGACGGGUCGGAGAGCGAGUACGAGGCUCCGUCACACUCCUCAGAUGAUGACGACGACGCAGAUACUGGAGGGGACGAUGUUGACGCCCAGUAGGCUGACGAGGUCACGAUGGU